GACUCCUCAGCCCCCUCCCCAGGGGCCAGACACCCAUCCUGCCCCCACAGCACCCACAGCACAGCAUCAGUGCCCACCCCUGCUGCUGCCCCAUCAGGGACCCACAUGAAACCUCCUGCUGGCGUAGGGGCUGAGCGUGCCCUGGGCCAGUGGCAAGUGCCAGGGUGGUGCCAUCCAUGCGCUCGAGCAUCGGUGGGUACCAACCCCUCCUGCUUGUGGGGACCCUGCCCACCCUGAGCAGCAUCGCUGAGGCUGCUGAGCAGUGGAAGGCACCGCUCCUCCCCACACCCAGCAAUGCCCAUGCUGGGGUGCCCAGGCGCAGGGUGAUGGGCUGGCACCCACGGGGCCGGCAGGGCCAGCUGUGCCUGCCUGUCUCCCCUUCUCUGGGCGCUGGAGUGCCGGAAGAGCGGGGUGGGAGCGGGUAUCCAGUGCCGGUACCCUUCCCCCUCGGCACCUGGCACCAUCCAUCUCCCGCUCCACCGGCAGCCGGACAUCCGCUCGGCCAGGCCAGGCGGGGAGGCAGCCAGGGCCUGGCACGGCGUGAGGGCACCGCAGGCGCUGCAUGGGGGACCUGCCAGCACGGCUGGCCCUGCUCGGGGCACUGGUGCUGUCGGGCGGGCUCUGUGUGAACCAGGAGGAGCGGCUCAUCCACUACCUCUUCGAGGAGAAUGGCUACAACAAGGAGGUGCGCCCCGUUGUCUCCACUGACCAGGUUGUGGACGUCUACCUGGCCCUCACCCUCUCCAACCUCAUCUCUCUGAAAGAAGUGGACGAGACGCUCACCACCAACUUAUGGCUCGAGCACGGCUGGACUGAUUACCGCCUGCAGUGGAACAAGUCUGAGUUUGGGGACAUCGAGGUGCUCCGCCUGCCAGCAGACAUGUUGUGGCUGCCUGAGAUAGUUCUAGAGAACAACAAUGAUGGGCUCUUCGAGAUUGCCUACUACUGCAACGUCCUCAUCUACGACACAGGCUACGUUUACUGGCUGCCACCUGCCAUCUUCCGCAGCGCCUGUCCCAUCAAUGUUGACUUCUUCCCCUUUGACUGGCAGAACUGCACCCUCAAAUUCAGCUCGCUGGCGUACAAUGCCCUGGAGAUCAGCAUGCACUUGAAGACAGAAAAUGACCCGAAGACGGGCAGGGAUUACCCAGUGGAGUGGAUCAUCAUCGAUCCCGAAGGCUUCACAGAGAAUGGGGAAUGGGAAAUCAUCCACCGCCCGGCCCGCAAGAACAUCCACCCUGACAACCCUCCGGAGAGCAGCGAACACCAGGAUAUCACCUUCUACCUCAUCAUCAAGCGCAAGCCGCUUUUCUAUGUCAUCAACAUCGUCACGCCCUGCAUCCUCAUUGCCUUCAUGGCCAUCCUCGUCUUCUACCUGCCUGCUGACAGUGGUGAGAAGAUGACCCUGGUGAUCUCAGUGCUCCUGGCCCAGUCUGUCUUCCUCCUGCUCAUCUCCCAGCGCCUGCCCGCCACCUCCCACGCCAUCCCUCUCAUCGGCAAGUAUCUGCUUUUUAUCAUGCUUCUGGUGACAGCUGUGGUGGUGAUCUGCGUCGUGGUCCUCAACUUCCAUUUCCGCACCCCUAGCACCCACAUCAUGUCUGACUGGGUCAAAGAGGUCUUCCUGGAGACCCUGCCCCACCUGCUGGGCAUGUCACAGCCGGCCGAGAGCCCAGCGGGCACCCCGUGCAUCAGGCGUUGCAGCUCAGCCGGCUACAUCGCCAAGGCAGAGGAGUACUUCAGCGUCAAGUCCCGCAGCGAGCUCAUGUUUGAGAAGCAGUCGGAGCGGCAUGGGCUGGUCAGCCGCAUCACCCCUGCCCGUUUGGCACCACCAGGCACAGACGCAGGCGAGGAGCAGCUCUACGAGCACAUAAAACCUGUCAUUGACAAUGCCAACUUCAUCGUCAAGUACAUGCGGGAGAAAAACAGCUAUAAUGAGGAGAAGGACAACUGGAACCAUGUGGCCCGGACUCUGGACCGCCUCUGCCUCUUCCUUAUCACCCCCAUGCUGGUGGUGGGCACCCUCUGGAUCUUCCUCAUGGGCAUCUACAACCACCCGCCGCCACUGCCCUUCGCUGGAGAUCCCUAUGACUACCGGGAGGAGAACAAGCGCUUCAUCUAGUGCAGUGUGUGUGUGGGGGGGUCCCAUAUGCCAGACCCCUGCUCGCUUACCUUGGCUUGGGAAAAUAAAGCUGGGUACUUCUUGCUGCAGGGUCCUGAGCUGGUGGCUGCUCUCAGUGUCCCCCAUGAGCAUGGUGCCCAACCCGAAUGGGUGCUGUUGGGUGUCCCGAGCACAGCGGUUCUCAGGCGUAGCUGGAAGGUGUGUUUUCCAGAGGGGAUGCGGUGGUGCUAGCCCUGCUGCUCCCACUGGGCUGGGCAUUCAGGACAGCAUGGGCUGCGGAAGGGGCCGGACCCCCCCCCCAGAAUGGCACCAUCCCCUG